AUGGCGUCUGUAUUUGGUUUAAGGUUUCUGGGAAGGCCUCGAGCCGUCCGCCCUUGGAUGUGUGAAAACUGUCGGUAUCUUAGUUCAUCUGCAAUAGCCCAGGCUGGUCAUAGCCGAUGGUCCACGAUUAAACAUGACAAGGGCAAAAACGAUGCUGCAAAGAGUAAAGAACGAGUUUUAUAUGCUAGAGAUAUAAUCAAUGCAUCAAAAUUAUUUGGACCAGAUCCAAGCUUGAAUCCACGCCUUGCCUUAGUAAUCACGAAAGCGAAACGAAGUGGGAUGUCUAAGAGUACAAUUGAAGCUGCCAUUGCGCGGGGUCAGGGUGUAUCAUCUACGGGUGCAGCUCUGGAAUCUGUAACCAUUGAAGCACUUCUUCCCGGGUCAGUUGCUGUCGUAAUUGAAUGUAUGACGGAUCAAAAGGCACGAACACUACAGGAUCUGCGUUUUCUAAUUAAACAUCACGGAGGAACUGUUACGCCUACAAGCUACCUUUUUGAGAAGAAGGGCAGGAUCGUUUUUGAGAAAGUGGAAGGUCUGAAUGUGGACGAUUAUCUGGAGCAUGCCAUUGAUGCAGGCGCCAUUGAUGUGGAUACUGAUCACCAAGGCCGGCUCAGAGUAUUCACGGAGCACACAGAUACAAAGGCCGUCGGUGAUAAACUUUCUGUCACGACUGGUUUGAAAAUCGAGACUUUGGACAUUAUUUGGGACCCAAAUAAGGAUACGAUUGUGAAAUUGGAAUCGGAAGAAGAUACACAUAAAAUCGAAGAGAUCCUCAAUGCAAUUCGCGAGGAUUCCAGCGUCCAGGAUAUAUACACCAACUCAACAAUGACAUAG